AUGCGGUAUUGUGUCAUAAUUUCCAUCGUUUUACUCUUCAAGACGUUUAUUUGCCAAGAAAACUCUAACAACGUGUGCUCGCGAUGGUGGGAUUACUUCAGGAUGAGCAACAAUUCGAAUUGUUGGUACGAUUUCGCCGCCGACGCCAAAGCGCCCGAAAUCAUUAAAAAAUCUGGCUACCCUUUUAUGGAAUUCAAAGUUAAAACCAAAGAUGGUUACAUUUUAAAAUUAUUUAGGAUCCCACGCGUUUCGUCCACGAAACCGGCAGUAUUUUUAAUGCAUGGAAUGCAAUCUUCCUGCGGAAUAUUCCUCGGUUUGGGGAAGCAAUCAAUGGCCUUUCUCUUGUACGAAGCGGGGUACGACGUGUGGUUAGGUAACUAUAGAGGUUCGGAGUACUCCGAGGAACACGAGGCGAUGAAUGCGACACAAAGAGAAUAUUGGGAUUACAGCGUAGAUGACAUCGCUUUGAAAGACAUCCCGGCUAUGCUUCAACUCGUUAGUUAUUAUUCCAGAGAUAGGGGAAAAAUUAUCUACAUAGGACAUUCCUUAGGUACUACGUUAGGGAUGAUGUUCGCUUCGGAAUACCCAGAUUUUGCUGCGAAUUCCCUAAGCCUUCUAGUGAUGAUGUCCCCUACGUAUAAACUACCCAACAUUAGAACACCUUACAGAUUUUUAUUUCCUCUUUUGUACCCAGCAGUAGACAUCUCUAAUGCUUUGAAUUUGGUACAAUCAGUUUCUAGGGCUAAUUUAAGGAACUUCACUCGUCCAUUAUGUCUUUCGUCUCCGCCAUUAAUGAUCGCUUGUCUAACUGCGAUGAAUAUAUUUCUAGGACCUUUCUCACAAAUUGCACCGGAAACUAUUCCAGUAUACUUCAAUCAAAUUCCCGGGGGUACGUCACUUCGAACGCUGACUUUUUUAACUGAAUCUUCCAGAAAUAGGUUCAGAAAGUAUGAUUAUGGUAUUGGCAAAAACAGGUAUCUGUACGGCACAGAUGAACCUCCUGAAUACGAUUUAAAGAACAUUAAAGUUCCUGUUUAUAUCAUGUUUGCUUCGAACGAUUGGUCUAUAUCCAGACAGGAUUGCAUAAACUUCUACAAAUCUCUGCCGGAACGGGCGAGGUACGGCAUGUACGAAAUUAGAAAUCUCAAUUUUAAUCACUACGAUUUUCUCUUCGGAAGGAAUUCGAAAACUUUGGUCGUCGAUAAACUUAUUGAAGUUAUGGAUAAGUUUGUAUCAGAUAAUACUAAUAAGGUGUAAGUUUAUGUAGCAAGAAACUCUGCCAUUUUAUCAUGUUUCGAGAAAUAAAUUUUCCCCAU